GUCCGGGUCUCGGAGCGAGCGCACGUGCGCCGGCCGGACCCAAGCAGAGGGAGCGCCCGGGCACUGGCAAGGAAAUGGCGGGCGAGGCGCUGUUCAGGGUUAGGGAAAAGUGUGGGGCGAGUUACGCCCCGAGAGGGGAGAGUAGAGAAGAACAACCCGACGGCCAUGGAGGCCGAAGAGACGAUGGAAUGCCUUCAGGAGUUCCCUGAACAUCAUAAAAUGAUCCUGGACCGAUUGAAUGAACAGCGAGAGCAGGACCGGUUUACUGACAUCACCCUGAUUGUCGACGGACACCAUUUUAAGGCCCACAAGGCUGUUUUGGCUGCUUGCAGCAAGUUCUUUUACAAAUUCUUUCAGGAGUUUACUCAGGAACCUUUGGUGGAGAUAGAAGGUGUUAGUAAAAUGGCCUUUCGUCAUUUGAUUGAGUUCACAUAUACAGCAAAAUUAAUGAUACAAGGAGAAGAAGAAGCCAACGAUGUAUGGAAAGCAGCAGAGUUUCUACAAAUGCUAGAAGCUAUCAAAGCCCUGGAAGUCAGGAACAAAGAAAACUCAGCUCCACUAGAGGAAACUACCACAGGAAAAAGUGAAGCAAAAAAAAGAAAGAUUGCAGAAACUUCAAAUGUUAUCACUGAGUCAUUGCCAUCUGCAGAAUCUGAACCUGUUGAAAUCGAGGUGGAGAUUGCUGAAGGCACAAUCGAAGUGGAAGAUGAAGGCAUUGAAACAUUAGAGGAUGUGGCUACUGCCAGGCAGUCCAUAAAAUAUAUUCAGAGCACAGGUUCCUCUGAUGAUUCCGCUCUGGCAUUAUUGGCAGAUAUCACCAGCAAGUACCGUCAAGGUGAUAGAAAAGGGCAGAUUAAAGAUGAAGAUGGCUGUGCCUCUGACCCCACAAGCAAACAGGUAGAAGGACACAUGAAAUCACACUCCACUGAGAGUUUCAAGUGUGAAAUAUGCAAUAAAAGGUAUCUUCGGGAGAGCGCAUGGAAACAGCACCUCAAUUGUUACCACCUUGAAGAAGGUGGAGUCAGUAAGAAGCAAAGAACUGGGAAAAAAAUUCACAUAUGUCAGUACUGUGAGAAACAGUUUGACCACUUUGGACAUUUUAAAGAGCAUCUUCGAAAGCAUACAGGUGAAAAACCUUUUGAAUGUCCAAAUUGUCAUGAACGAUUUGCUAGAAAUAGCACCCUCAAAUGUCACCUGACUGCAUGCCAAACUGGAGUGGGGGCAAAAAAGGGAAGAAAGAAGCUUUAUGAAUGUCAGGUCUGUAAUAGUGUGUUUAACAGCUGGGACCAGUUCAAAGAUCAUUUGGUAAUACACACUGGAGAUAAACCCAACCAUUGUACUUUGUGUGACUUGUGGUUUAUGCAAGGAAAUGAAUUAAGGAGGCAUCUCAGUGAUGCUCAUAAUAUUUCAGAGCGUCUAGUAACUGAAGAAGUUCUUUCAGUAGAAACACGUGUGCAAACUGAACCUGUGACAUCAAUGACUAUUAUAGAACAAGUUGGGAAGGUGCACGUGUUACCAUUGCUUCAGGUUCAAGUGGAUUCAGCACAAGUGACUGUGGAACAGGUCCACCCAGAUCUGCUCCAGGACAGCCAAGUGCACGAUUCACAUAUGAAUGAGCUUCCAGAACAGGUCCAGGUAAGUUAUCUAGAAGUGGGUCGAAUUCAGACUGAAGAAGGUACAGAAGUACAUGUAGAGGAGCUGCAUGUUGAACGGGUAAAUCAGAUGCCAAUGGAAGUACAAACUGAGCUUCUAGAAGCAGACUUGGAUCAAGUGACCCCUGAAAUCAUGAACCAAGAGGAGAGAGAGGCUACCCAAGCAGAUGCUGCUGAGGCGGCCAGAGAAGAUCACGAAGAUGCUGAGGGUUUAGAGACCAAAUCAACAGUGGAUUCCCAAGCUGAAAAGUCAGGAAAUGAGAACAGAACACCUAUGCCAGUUUUAGAAUGAAAUAACAAAUGAAUAUAUUUUUAAAUUUAUGUGUUGAGUUUUUGAACUGAUGAUGGGCAGUGUGACUGUCCUUAAGCUAACAGACACGUGGACCAAAGUUAAGCUCUUUCAU